UCGUUGCCCUUACUGGGACACCCGGUAUACCAAGCUUUAACCAAAUAUGCGAUGUUAUUUUUGAAAUAGUUUUAUGUUUAAUUGAACCCAUCUUUUCGACUCACGCUACUAUUUUUAAAAACAUGUUCGAGAAUUAUCUUUUCAUUUACAAGACAUUUUCUUCGAUACCGUCGCAUUCGCUCGUAUUGCCAGACGAAACAAGCAAGCACGUUGCAAUAUUUUUGGAACACUCGGGAUAUUACGCGGGGUUCUUUUCGCACACCACCGGGACGAGUUAUUGAGCGAGUACUAAGGACGUCAAGACAGAAAUGGCGGGGGCCUAAUGGCGUAUUGUAUGUUCUCGGUGCGGUCUGGCCUAUGGCAGAGGGCAGCAGACGCGUCCCUUCCCAGUCUCUGGGCGCCGCGACGGCGGCGGCCCACCGUUGCGACGUCUGCGGCAAGUCACUCAGCACCAAGCUGACCUUGAAACGACACAUGGAACAGCAACACCUGCAACCGUUGAACACGGCCGUGUGCAAUUUGUGUCGCAAGGUGUUUCGGACGCUUAAUUCGCUAAACAACCACCGUAGCAUUUACCAUCGACGCCAGCAGCACCAUCAACACCACCAUCAAAAGUCGCCCCUUUAACGGCGCCGUAGAUCGCAGGCGGUCCGCCCCGCCGCCCCCACGUUGUUACGCCCCCGCUUGUCGAAAUGACGUUGUCAAGCAGUCGAAUCUUUUCUAUUUUUUAAGCAAUCGUUUGUUAUUGGUUCGAGCAAA